ACAGACUUGGAUUUCAAACCAACCUCCUUCAUACGGAACUACCAUGCAGUACCGCUCCUCGGACCUGGGCAGAAGGAUCCAAGGCACAAAUAUGAUCAGCUGUUCCAAUCGUCAGGGUUUGAUUUGACGUUGUCGUAACUGUUCACAAAGGAUUCAGACCGGUUCCGGAGGAUAUGGUCCGUUCUUCGCCCGUCACUCGGGUGCUAGCCCUUGGCGAGCUCCAGAAACAAUAUACCGUCGCGUCCCUGGCUAUACUUGUGCCUCUGACAAUGUAUAAAGGUGAUGGGCUACUGCAUUUCUUGCCAUCCCUCAGCAGUUUUAUCAUCACCCGCCCAUUUCUACUCCAACCUUUUACAAUGCCGUCGUUCUCGCUCCGUCGUCUCAGCGUCUCUAACAAGGGUAAUAAGCCGAACCAAGGCCUUGCUAGGAGCAUCUCUACCUCCGUUGAUCAAGCCGACUUCGUCAUUCCCUUGUCACUCUCGAUAUCCACGUCAACGCUCAACACAUUCACUUCCGAAACCCGAAGCGUGACAUCGGCGACUUCUAACUACGCUCAGAUGCUCGACGAUGACAACCUUGCUUGGGGCCCGUCCAAACCCAAGAAUUUGAAGUCAUCUCGAUCGAAAUGGCUCUAAAAUAUUUGUCUCCAUUCAUGUUCACUUGUUCAUCGACUUCAUUCUUCCUUCGCUGUCAGGAUAUAAUGUUGUCCAAACUUAAUGCUAUACCCCAAUCUUUGUAUCUCGUAGUGUACAACAGUUUGCAACGGUUGAUCUGAUCGCUCGAUCGGCUGGUGACUCUCAAUUGAAAUAUAUAUGCCUCUGAACGAAACUCGAUUGGCAUACAAACACAAGCUAGAGUAUACAAUCU